GUCACGGGGAAAUUCCAGCAAGGAAGUCAACUUUCUAUACAAACACAUUCGGCUUCGCUUAUCAAUGAAACUCUCCCCUGAUCAUUUAUCGGCAUUUAUCCGCUUCUUUUACUCUGGAUUGCUGCGGGUUUCUAUGGCAAAGAAGUCGUGUUGUAAUAUUUCAUGAGAAGAGCGGCGUGUGUUGUGUGUUGUGUGUAAGUGCGCGCGCGCGUGCGUGCGUGUGCGCGCGUGUGUUGUCGUCUCUAACACGUUCAGAGGUGGAGCAUGGCGCUGUGAACUGAUUCUUCAACACGUUUGGGAUUAAAUAUUUCAUGUUGUUUCUGGACUCUGGAUUGUUCUUUGUGAAGGAACCAUGACUGAAGAGGAUUCGUAUCUUCAAGUGCAACCAGAUGAAACGAGGUACCAGUACUUUGACUUUGAUCCACAAUGGCUUCACAUCGACCCUGGUUAUGCUGCCGUGUCGCAAUCGAACAAUCGUAUAGAUGGACCUAGUCUCCAGAUUACAGAACAACCCAAACAGCGAGGAUUCAGGUUUCGGUACGGCUGCGAGGGUCCAUCUCACGGAGGACUCCCGGGGGCUUGCAGCGAGAAGAACAGAAAGACGUAUCCCCAGGUCAAGAUCUGUCAUUAUCAUGGUCCAGCACGAAUUGUGGUCCAGCUGGUAACCAACUCCAAACAGCCGCACCUACACGCGCACAGCCUCGUGGGAAAACAAUGUGACAAGGGCGUUUGCGUCGCCGAACUCCAGCCCAAAGACUCCUCUAUGAGUUUUCCUAACCUGGGUAUCCUUCAUGUGACUAAGAAGAACGUGAGUAAGACUCUGGAAGAGAGGAUGAGUGAAGCCUACAGGCUCGGUUACAACUACGGUGUGGUCAUCCAUCCGGAAAUUGACUCUUUCCAAGGAGACUGUCGCCUUCCCAGAGAGCUCACAGAUCACCAGAGGAAUCUGAUCUGCAAUGCUGCAGCUAACCAGGCCAAAGAGAUGGAUCUGAGCGUAGUGAGACUCAUGUUCACUGCCUUUCUGCCCGACGGCGAGGGCGGCUUCACCCGCAGACUCGAGCCUGUCAUAUCCGAACCCAUCUACGACAGCAAAGCCCCCAACGCCUCGAACCUGAAGAUUGUGCGGAUGGACCGCACUGCAGGGUGUGUGACAGGUGGAGAGGAAGUGUACCUGCUGUGUGACAAAGUUCAGAAAGAUGACAUCCAGGUACGCUUUUAUGAGGAUGACGAGACGGGAAUCGUCUGGGAGGCACUCGGGGAUUUCUCUCCCACCGACGUGCACAGACAGUUUGCCAUCGUGUUCAAGACGCCGAAGUACCGCGACUUGAACCUUCAGAAACCCAUCUCGGUGUUUGUGCAGCUCAAGAGGAAGUCAGACAAUGAGACGAGCGAACCCAAACCGUUCACCUAUCACCCACAGAUCAUUGAUAAGGAAGAAGUUCAGAGGAAGAGACAGAAAAUACUCCCCAGUUUUCCUGAUUAUGGCGGAGCAGGGGGUGGAGUCGGGGGCAUGUACAGAGGACCCGGGGGUGGGGCUACAUCAGGGGGCGGCCAUGGUGGAGGGGGUGGUGGAGGCGGAGGUUCUUAUUUCCAAGGUUAUUAUAACAACUUCAACUCCGGCUAUGGGUUUCCUCCCUCGCUGGGUGGAGGAGGGAGCGGCAUUAAGCACUCCAAUCACGGUCCAGUGGAAGACACGGACGAGGAGAGCGACAACGACCUCGACGACGAUCCAGGGACGGGUGGAGUGUGUAUCCAGCUCCGACCCCUAGUGUCGGAGGAGGGAAGUGAAGAGAACGAAAGUUCGGGGGAGUCCGGAUCGUGCGAGACGGAAACCUCGGACUGUGUGUUUGAGCCACACUUAUCGGGGCUAGCAAAGAAACACGCCGGGGCUUUAUUUUAUUAUGCUGUCAGCGGUGACCUUCGCAGGCUCUUGGUUCCACAGCGCCCUCUGAUGUCUGCCCAGGAUGAGAACGGAGACACGGGGCUGCACUUGAGUGUGAUCCACAGUCAGACAGCCGCUGUGAAGAACCUAGCAGAGGUGAUGGCAGCCAUUCCCGGAGAGGAUGUAAUGAACAUGAGGAACGACCUGUAUCAGACUCCUUUGCACCUGGCUGUACUGACCGAGCAGAAGGAAGCAGCCGAGACAUUAUUAGAGGCAGGAAGUGACAUCACUCUCACCGAUCGCUACGGCAACACGGCACUGCACCUGGCCGCCCAGCAGAAGGACGGAGACAUGAUCCGAAUGCUGCUGAGACACCGAACGGCGCUGGAGUUAAUCAGCACGCACAACACAGCAGGUCUGUGUCCUCUGCACAUAGCCGUAUUGGCUAACAGUCUGAACAGCACGAGGGCUCUGUUACAGGCCGGGGCUGACGUGGAGGUUCAGGAGCGAACGUGCGGUCGCACACCGCUUCAUCUCGCUACAGAAUACGAGAACAUCUCACUCGCCGGAUGCUUGCUACUAGAGGGUGAAGCUGAGGUGGACAGUCUGACGUAUAACGGCUCCACACCUCUACACAUCGCAGCAGGGCGGGGCUCUGUUAAACUGAGCGCGCUCCUCAUAGCCGCAGGAGCGGAUCCUCUUAAGGAGAACUUCGAACCGUUGUUUUUUAGAGACGAGGAGUGCUGCAGGGAUGAAAAAGACGAGGCGGACGAGGGAUACAUCCCGGGGACGACCCCGCUUCACAUGGCCGCUUCAUCAGAGGUGCGGGAAAUCCUAAACGGUAAAUCGUACCAGCCGAAAACCGUCGUCGUCCCUCUACAAGGAGACAUGCAGAGUCUGGGCAUGGAGACAAAGCAGGCACUGUGCAAAUGUCUGGAGGAGAGUUGUGGGAGAAGUGGCUGGGAAAGUCUGGCGCACAAACUCCGACUGGGCAUCCUCAUCAACGCCUUCCGCCUCAGUCCACGGCCGACCCGCACACUUCUGGACAGCUACGAGGUAUCGGGCGGGACGGUGCGCGAGCUCUUAGCGGGUCUGAAGAGCAUCGGGAACAGCGGCGGCGUCAGCUUACUGCAGGAGCACUUGGCGUGCGAGGACAGUCACACGCACGAUGAACAACUGACCACAGACGGUGGUGUCUCUUCAGGCCUGCAGGGUCUAAAGUUAUCUCCCUCAGACGACGGUAACGUGUGCGACAGCGGCGUAGAGACGUCCUUCCAGUAGCCCGGCCUCAUCAUGACUGACUCGCUGACUUCUGCCCGGAGCCAAACCUUGAACUACAACGUCACUAUCUUCAAAGCAGCUCGGAAACUGGAACUCGUCUUUGGCCACCGCGAUUGGUUGGUGUAGAGCCACGCCCAUACGCGGGACCGCCGACUAGCGGCUGGAGUGUACGCACUUAUAUUUCAGUUGUAUACGAUUUUUAUUUAAAGGUUGUUGUUUUUUUUUUUUUUACACACCGUAUAGUUAUUUUUUUUUCUAUUUCAGUGCGACAGACAAGAGAACACGUUUUGGUUUUUCUUGACUUCCAGAAGUGUACAACCAAAUAUAACUGUGCCAUGUGUUUUGGGUGACAGUGGUGUGAUUAAGUAUCAUCAGGAGUUGAAAUAUUCAGGGUUUAUACUAGAAAGGAAAUAAUCUUUAUUUUUUUACAAGGUGAAUCCUGCCUCAGGAAACGCUGCACUCCAUUUAGCUCCACCUGCUUCACGUUGUCAGUUCGGCAUCUUGAAGCUCGCCGGGUUACUGUGUUUCUUUUCUUUUUCUUCUCAGAGCCUCUGGACCAAUAGGCUUUUUAGUAAACUGAAGAAAAACAAUGAAAGAAAGUUUGUUUUGUUUUUAAACACCAGUUAUUUAACUUGAUUUCUCUUACCAUUUUUGUUUAAGCUUUUCACCUAACGGUUGCUUAUGGGUACUGUGUUGAUUUAUGUUUUUUAAUUUUUUCUCGUUGUGUUUGUGGUGCUACAGUCCGAAACAAUCCUUAAUUCUAAAUGAAAUCGCAUCCAUCAGCAUUUCUUCAAACGUACUUUUAUCGUCAUAAUCUGGCCGAGAGCAUUUUCUUACCUCGAAAUCAGGAAAAAAAAAAAAACAAGCAGCUCAUUUUGUAGUUAGCUGGGGGGAAAAAGUUUGCAAUAAAUAAAUAAAUAAAUAAGAGAGGCAAGCGAAUAGGAUUUGCAUUUUUUUUUUAUUAAGGGCUUUAUCCUGGAUAGAAUUCCAGAAGAUCCGAAGAAUGGUAAUGUGAAUACUGGGUGAAAGGUCUCCUGUGAAAGGUCUCCUGACACCCUAAAUUAGACAAUUUAGCACAAUUUUUUGUUUUUAGGAGGAUCCAGCAAGAACAUUAAAAAAACCCACACAGCUAUUGACCUGAGCUGUGAGACUGCAGUGUUACCCAUGUCCACUUAGUAUUGUGCAAAGUUCUUGAUAGGGCCCAGCUUUUCUGAAAUGAAUUCUGAUGGAGGAAAAAAAAAGUAUGAACAUGUUUCAUGUUGUAAUAUACAACAUGAUUUUAAAGGAACUGAGAAAAUGUUUCCCAGAUUUUCCUCCAGCAAAUAUCUGAGUAAGAAACAUAUCCGUAAAAAGAUCUUUUACACAGUAACAAAUCCCACACAGUUCUUCGCUUUAUCUUGUACUCACAUACCAGCUCAUAAACUGAUUCAAAAUUCGGGUUUUUUUCUUCUUCACUGGAUAACUGGAUAAACAGAUGGUUUUUGGUUUGUUUUUAGUCAUUUUUUAAUAUCUGGGGAUUCUUUAUAUCAUUUCUUAUGCCUUAAAAUUCUAAUAUCAGCUUCAAACUGUUAAAUGCUUGUUAUACAAUGAUGAAAACCAAAGCGCUGUACUUUCUUAGCCGCAAAACUCUAUUUAUCUGGCUUUGAAUGGGUUUUUAUUGAUGUACUUUUAUAAUAAAACUAAUAACAAUCUGC